CACUCCAGCUCCCCCUGCUUCCUCCUCCUCCUCCUCCUCCUACCUCCGUCUCCUCUUCGCCCGUCCCUCCCACGGUUGCACCUCACCUCGGCUUAUCUUAAACCCCAUCCUCCGUUCCUGCGUGCUCUUGCCGGGGUAGAUAGAGGAGGGGUUCUCCGAGGGAGGGCGGCAAUGGCCCCCAAGCAUGCCGGCCGUGGCAAGGGCCGGGGCGGCGGCGGCAAGGGCGACCGCAAGAAGAAGGAGGAGAAAGUGGUGCCGAGCGUGCUGGACGUCGCGGUCACCACCCCCUACGAGUCCCAGGUGACACUCAAGGGGAUAUCGACGGAUCGCGUGCUGGACGUGCGGAAGCUGCUGGGGUCGAACGUGGAGACGUGCCACCUCACGAACUAUUCACUCUCCCACGUGGUGCGUGGGCAGCGGCUGGAGGACGGCGUGGAGGUCGUGGCGCUGAAACCCUGCGCGCUCACCAUCGUGGAAGAGGAGUACGCGACGGAGGAGGCCGCGGUGGCGCAUGUCCGCCGGCUGCUGGACAUCGUCGCCUGCACCACCGCCUUCGCCAAGGCGAAGCAGCACAAGUCCUCGUCCAAGCACGCGCAGCGCCCCGCCACGCCCCCGUCUCCCCCGCCCGCCUCCUCCGCCGGGGCCAAUGGCGUCGGCGCCGGCGCCGGCGGCGAGGCGCCCGCGAUAUCGGCGGCGCACGACAUGGUGGCCAUCGGCCCGCCGCCCAAGCUCGGCGAGUUCUACGACUUCUUCUCCUUCGCCCACCUCACCCCGCCCCUCCACUUUAUCAGGAGGAAGGAGAGGAAUGGCGCUGCCCAGGACGGCGAUUACUUCGAAAUCGAGGUGAAGGUUUGCAACGGGAAGCUUCUGCACAUAGUUGCCUCGGCCAAGGGAUUCUACCUGGUGGGCAAGCCGCACACCGUAAGCCGGUCCUUGGUGGACCUGCUACAGCAGCUCAGCAGUGGAUUUGCCAAUGCGUACGAGGCACUGAUGAAAGCUUUUGUGGAUCACAACAAGUUUGGGAAUCUCCCGUUCGGCUUUCGUGCAAACACAUGGCUUGUUCCUCCUGUAUAUGUGGAUUCUGCUACGAAGAGCCCAGCUUUGCCCGCUGAGGAUGAGAACUGGGGUGGGAAUGGAGGUGGCUGCGGACGAGACGGAAAACAUGACCGGAGACGCUGGGCAAGAGAAUUUUCUAUUUUGGCUAGAAUGCCGUCCAAGACUGAGGAAGAGAGGGUGAUCAGAGACCGGAAGGCUUUCCUUUUACACAACCUGUUUGUAGAUACAGCGAUUUUCAGAGCUGCGUCGACAAUACGGCGACUGGUUGAUACUAGUCCGCAAACUGGUCCGAAUGGUUCGUUACUACUUGAGGAACGUGUUGGGGACCUGCAUAUAAUUGUAAAGAAGGAUGAGGCUGAUGCUAGUUUGAAGUUGGAGGACAAAGUUGACGGAGUUGCCAUCUACCAGACGGAUGCUAUGGAUAUAUCACAAAGAAAUCUUCUCAAAGGUUUAACUUCUGAUGAGAGUGUCGUUGCUAAGGACUCUUCCACGCUAGGUGUGGUGAUUGUUAAGCAUUGCGGAUAUACGGCAAUAGUGAAAGUUUCGGGACGCACAAAGAACAGCAGCGAUGGCAAACAAACCAGUGAUAUCUCUGAUCAUCUUGAUGAAAUACCUAACAUCGAUGUGGAUGAUCAUCCAGAUGGAGGUUCUAAUGCCUUGAAUGCUCACAGUCUAAGAAUACCACUGCCGAAAAUUACCAACCCAGAAAUCGCUGCCAGUAGCCAGCACCUUGCAUCUAAACCACAUGUUGAUAAUUAUGCGAGGAAACUAGCAUGUACGGUACUUGAAACCAGCUUGAGGAAGCUGGGGAACACCCCGAACAAAAAUCCUAGACGUAUCAGGUGGGAACUUGGGUCCUCCUGGCUCCAGCACUUGCAGAAAAAAGAUGCUUCCGUUUCUGAGGACAGUGAGAAGAAUGCAAAAAAAUCUGAAAAAGAUUCAUCUGUCAAAGGUCUCGGCAAGCACUUUGAACAAUUAAGAAAAAUUAAAAAGAAAGAAAGCACUACUGAAGAUGCUAAGACUGAGAAGGAAGAAUCUGAUAGCAACUGCCUGACAAAUGGUAUGGAAAAGUCUGAAAAUGUAGCAGUUACCGAAACCAAUAUGGAGACUGAAAUAAGGAACCUGAUUACAGAGGAUGCUUUCUGCCGCUUGAAGAGUUUGGAAGCUGGCCUUCAUCAAAAGUCCCUUGAAGAGCUCACAAUGAUGGCCCAUAAGUUCUAUGAUGAUACUGCACUCCCAAAGCUGGUGGCUGAUUUUGCUUCCCUUGAGCUUUCUCCAGUGGAUGGAAGAACGAUGACUGAUUUCAUGCAUACAAGGGGACUAAAUAUGUGCUCAUUAGGCCGAGUGGUAGAGCUAGCAGAGAAGCUCCCACAUAUCCAGUCAAUAUGCAUCCAUGAAAUGGUCAUUCGAGCCUUUAAGCACGUCAUUCGAGCUGUUAUUGCAGCGGUUGAUGACAUGCAAAAUAUGUCUGCGGUUAUAGCUGAGACUUUGAACAUUUUACUGGGAUCUCCAAGAUUAGAAAAUGAUCUUGAUACAGAUGCUGAUGAGCAUAACUUGCGGCUGAAAUGGGUAGAGAGCUUCCUUUCUAAAAGAUACUGUUGGACACUGAAAGAUGAAUUUGCGCACUUGCGGAAGCCCAUCAUUCUGAGAGGCCUUUGCAGCAAGGUUGGCCUUGAGUUAGUCGCAAGAGAUUAUGAUAUGAAUAGCCCAAACCCGUUUGACAAAUCCGACAUUGUCAACAUAGUUCCUGUAUGCAAGCAUGUCGUCUACUCAUCUAUUGAUAGUCGAAACUUACUAGAAUCAUCAAAGAUGGCUUUGGACAAAGGAAAGCUUGAUGAUGCUGUUAACUAUGGAGCAAAGGCCUUGUCCAAAGUUAUAGCUGUUUGUGGUCCAUACCAUCGGCUGACUGCUAAUGCAUACAGUCUUCUUGCUGUAGUUCUUUACCAUACUGGAGAUUUUAAUCAGGCAACUAUAUAUCAACAGAAGGCACUUGAUAUCAAUGAAAGGGAGCUUGGUCUUGACCAUCCGGAAACUAUGAAGAGCUAUGGUGAUCUGUCAGUUUUCUACUACCGUCUCCAACACAUUGAGAUGGCUCUAAAGUAUGUCAACCGUGCACUUUAUCUACUUCAAUUUUCUUGUGGGCUUUCACAUCCAAAUUCAGCUGCCACCUACAUAAAUGUGGCUAUGAUGGAAGAAGGUAUGGGAAAUGUUCAUGUUGCUCUAAGAUAUUUGCAUGAAGCGCUAAAAUGCAACAAGAGAUUGCUUGGAGCUGAUCACAUACAGACUGCUGCAAGCUACCAUGCCAUAGCCAUAGCCCUCUCCAUGAUGGAUGCGUUCUCCCUAAGCGUGCAACAUGAACAAACCACCUUACAGAUACUUCAGGAGAAACUAGGAGAAGAUGACCUUCGAACUCAGGAUGCUGCUGCUUGGCUAGAGUAUUUCGAUUCAAAAGCAUUAGAACAACAAGAGGCCGCUCGCAGAGGAAUACCAAAACCUGAUUCCUCUAUUGCAAGUAAAGGGCAUCUUAGUGUAUCAGAUCUACUUGACUACAUAAGCCCGGAUCAGGAAAGAAAAGAGAGGGAUAUGCAAAGGAAGUGCAGGCGUGCAAAGAAUAAUACCAGAGCACACCAAGGUGAAUCAGUUGAAGAGAAGGAGAACUUCCAGCAUGACUCAGGAUCUCUUCUUGAAGCAGACAAAAAGGAUUUUCAAGAAGCAAAACUGGAAGCAAGCCCUCGUGUAGUAGCAGCAGUAGCGGAAGAAACUUAUGCUGUCCAUGAUGAGCUGAAGCAGGUAGAUACUUUGUCACCUGAAGAGUAUUCUGAUGAAGGUUGGCAAGCAGCUACUUUGAAAGGGAGAUCUUCAAAUGUGCGGAAGAAAAGCAUCCGCAGAAGACCAUCUCUCACUAAAUUAUUGGUUGAUCGUACAGAAGAUGGUCGCACUCCUUCUGCUCAUAGGAGUGGUGUACAACCACAAGCAAAAGAGCAUAAAGAAGAAGCUGUAAACUCCCCUAGCCAACUAUCAUUUGGCAACUUUAUAAGAAGCGACAAGUUGAAUGGGGAUCCUGUGAUUACCGAAGACAAGUCUUCUAAGGGCACAUCUAAAUCAGAAUGGAAGGUAAAGCCUACAGGAAGUAAGAGGCCAACUACCAUAGCUUCAAAGUUGGUAUCAUACAAAGAUGUGGCAGUGUCACCGCCUGGCACAGUGUGGAAACCAAUUUUGGAACAGAAGGAAGCAAAGGAGAAGGAUAAUGAACAAGAUACUGAUGCAGCACCUUCAUCCGAGGAAGGAGAUAGAAAGCUUAUAGAUGAAGAGAAGGAGAAGUCAAGUGAUGAGAGCAUCAAAGAGAUUGUCUCAAUUCAGCCAGAGGAAAGCAGUCCCACAGAGCCAGAGAAAGCUUCUGACAGCAAUAGUGACGGAAGCUCAUCUCCGGGCAAGAAAACAAGUGGAAGCAAACUUUCAGCCUCAGCACCUCCAUUCAAACCUGGAUCACUCUUAUCAGUGUCCCAUCCUUACAGCACAGUGGCAAUAUAUGAUGCUAGCGUUGUGCUUCAGCCGAUUCCAAGUCAAGCAAUGGAGAUUCUCCCUCAUGCUGUCGAUACUAGAGUACCCCGUGGCCCUCGGUCCACCUUGUACUAUCGUACUGGGCAUUCUUUCCAAAGGAAACAAGGUUAUACGCAGAGCCAGAGCACUAUUCUGAGAGGCAGCACCUCCCCCCCAACCAUGAAUCCCCAUGCUGCUGAGUUUGUGCCUGGAAAGACUGUGCAACAAGCUGAUUUGGCUACAGAGGAACAAGCUAAUUCUGUGACUGAUCCAGCAGGUCAGCAGUUGGCAUCACAUGCUUCAGAUGAAGUGAAAGUCGAUGUUCGUGAGGCUGACAAGGCAGGUCAAGUGGAGAAGACAACUCCAGGUAAAGGGAAGGAACGAGCGAAAGACGCGAUGAGAGAUUCAUACAAAGCAGAACUCGCAAGGCAGAUUCUGCUCAGCUUCAUUGUCAAGUCGGUCCAUGACAGCUUAGGUUCGACUCGACCUCAACCGGACAGAAAACCAAGCGGGUCAGAUGAAGCUAGUAACGAACAGAGCAGCAACAUAACCAAGACCGCCUUAAGUCCAAAAGAGUUCGACAAACAACCGAAGGCCACCGAGGCGCCCAAAAGCGAGAAGGAUACAGAGGGAUUUACAGUGGUUUCAAAGCGCAGAAAAAGCAAGCAGCAUUUCGUGAAUCCCAUAAACGGUCUCUACUCCCAGCAGUCAAUCUGCACUUCGGUCAGCUGAGGUUGCUGCACUUCCUGAGAUCUGCAAGCAGUGCAACGUGUUGGAAGAUGGUAUUGCUUACUUUGCUCUUUUAGGCGCUUGGUAGCAGAGUUUUGCCCUAUAUUCAGAUGAACGAGCAUGUUGUCAAACUGUACAAAGUUUUCCGCCGCCCCCCCUUUCCAAUAUUUUUUUCGUAAUUUGAGGUAGCAGAAUAAAAUGGUUUCCCCCCUCCUUCCUAUGGAUGUACUAUGUUAUUAUGACAGAAUUAUAGGAUAUAGUAGCAAACAUUCAUUUCCUCCCAACACUCCAAUGAUGCUCCUGAAUUUGCUUUGAUGAUUUGCACUCGUCAAGUACCGCUGCAGAACGUAGUUUUGCCCUAUCCAGAUGACUGAGCAUGUAGCCAAACUGUACAAAUAUUUACCCAAUUCCAUUUUCUAAUAUUUUUUGUAAUUUGGGUUGGCAGCAGUGCUGAAUAAAAUGUUUUCCCCUUCCUGUGUA